CUGUUUCAAACCCUCAGUGAAGAGGUCCUCUAAUUUUCUAUCCAGCCAUUUUAACAUAGGUUUGAACAUCAUCUCCACCUUUCCUUCAUUCAUCAGGGCUUGAUGACGUGUCAUGAUCCAUGAAGUUGCAGCUUCAGUUAUAUUAUCUUGUACAGAGAUUGGGAUCUCUUGUUCUCUGGGAAGACUAAUGCAAAGUGGCUGAAACAUGUUGACAGUUUAUAUGUAUAAAAGCAUAAGAGAUUGACAUUUUAAUGAUCAGGGAAAUGAUGCAGGCCAACAGGUGAGGUAUUUCUCAGAAGUGUCUGCAUUCUAGUGUUAAAAUAAAACUCAUCUUGAUUAAGAAAACAUCAGGGGAUUCUUACAUUAAAGUAGAUUUCAAAACUGUUAAAAUGAUUUAAUUGAACUAUACUACCUUUAUUGGGUAAUCCACUGGAAAUAUUGCAGCAAAUGUCACAUCUUUAACAUCAUAUGGCUGAAAGUAACAACAUGUAAUAUAUCAAGAUAUUGUCAGAUACAAUUUCAGUAGUGCAUACCAGAAUCCUGUUUUGGUAUUCUCAUAUAGACUUACUGAUUCAAUAUCCAUUGGAUAAAUUUUAGUACAUUAUGCCAGAUAAAUCCAAUUUUCGUGAGACAGAUGUUUUACUUAACAUGCAAAUUGCAUUGGAAAUUGAUAAGCAUUCAAAGUUUAUUUUUAAAAAUUCAAGAAAAUAAAAUCUUACCCAGUCUGGAUCAGUAGAGCAGAACACAACCUCAUAGCCAUCAUUUUCUUUUAUGAAGCUGAACUUUGGGAAACGUUUCUUUAGUGACUCAAUUUCUGAUGUUCUCAUUUUAUCGAUCUCUGAAUCACUUAAUUUGUUGAGCAUCACUCUCUCUUGGAACCUAACUGGUUGAACUUUGGGAUAUUUGGACUGCUCCACCUUUGGGUUAAGGGGUUUGGCUGUUGUUUCUGGAUGAAAGAAUUUGCAGGAAUUGCCAGAUCGACAAUGUCCUUCUUUAAAAUACCUGCAAACUGGUGCUCUAGCUAAUGCUCCUGGAGCAUCUUCUGGUUCAGGUUUAAGCGUUUUGGUUCUGUCCUUUGGAGUUUUUGACUUCUGGCCCAUCUCUGGUUUAGCUUUGUAAAUAUGGGCAAACUUGCAACGGUUGCCAAAUUUACAUCUUUUAGUCUUGGCAUAAAAGUCACAAAUCCUAACAUCCUUCUCAUCAUGCUUCUUCUUACGAUUUCCCAUCUUUUGUUCUUUAUCAUGCUCAGGGUCAGGUUCAUCUUGAGUUGUUGCGUUUUCAGUAGAGGAUUCUGCAGGGGCAGUAAGUUUCUCCUCUAUAUGUAGAAAACGGCAAUCUUUGCCAUAUCGACAGGUCUUGCCAUUUGCAAAGAACCAACAAAUUCUAUGAUUUACAUCUUCAGUGGUUUCAAGCUCAUAGUUGUCAUCGGUUCUGGAGUUCACCUGUUCUUCAGGGUGUCCAUGUUCGUUCCUCUGUUGAUCAUCUGGUGGGCCACCUUCAUGUAAAAACUGACAAUUUGUUCCAUUUUUGCAACCUUUUCGACCUCUGAAAAACUUGCAAAUUUCAGACUGACUACUUGACAUCAAUGUGAUGGUUGUUGUAGGAAUACUUGAAGCAGCCGAUGAAAACAGAUUUGCUGUAGUUAGAAGCUCUGAAAGGGUGGCCUCAGUUGACGAUUCAAUAGCUUCUACUGAAUUGAAAAACAGUUCGUAACUUUCAAAAACAACCUUCGAACACAGUCCUUUUUGCUGUUGCUUGUAUGAGUUGUAGCCUACAGUCUUUAGGCUAGCCUAGAUUUGAUCCAAAUAUCAAAUCCCUUCUUGUCAGAUCUCAACUGUACAAUGCUUCAGUAAGCAGAGCACUGACUUGAUUUCACAAUUUCACCGUUGCUUUAUAUAGGUCUAAGCCCAUGUAUUUCGCAAUAGUCUCUAUUGUUGCUAAACUGAUAAAGAAGGUCAAGUAUAACAGAUGAUUAUGUUUACAAUCUGUGGUGAAAUUUUCGGUGCCGAACUAUUCCCUCGACGGAAAACAUUACGCAGAAUAUAAGUCAUUUAGGCUAAUGAAAUUUCUUUAUCAUAAAAUAUCAUAAAACUAAAUAUCCAGAGGCGCUUAAGUAUCAGUCUAUUGUUCCAAUUUUCUUGUGUUAUCUCAACUCUUUGUUAUCUCUUAAUGCUAAAAUCAUCCUUAUAAUCCGGCGUAGGACUAUUUUUAACCGGAAACAAAAAAUCCAAGAUGGUGAUCACGAUUUCGAAAUUUCGUAUUUUGCACUCAUUUUUCUCAAAAAGCACAUUGGUUUCUCGAAAAUGGAAUGUUAAAGUACCUUUUUCCCAUAGAAAAUUAAAUAAUGUUUCUCGAUACACAAAUGUCACAGUGUUUUCGUCUCAGUAUUUGUGUACAGCUUCUGUUGGAAAACCACAUUGCAAUGUGGGAACAAUCGGUCAUGUAGACCAUGGUAAAACUACGUUGACAGCUGCCAUCACAAAGGUCCAGUCUGAGCUUUUGAAAGGUGACAUCAAAUAUGUCAAGUUUGAUGACAUUGAUAAAGCUCCAGAAGAGAAAAAACGAGGCAUAACAAUCAAUACUGCCAAUGUUCAAUAUGAGUCGGACAAUCGGCAUUACGCUCAUGUGGACUGUCCAGGACAUAUCGAUUAUGUGAAAAAUAUGAUAAUGGGAACAUCUCAGAUGGAUGGUGCUAUUUUGGUUGUAUCAGCUACUGACGGAACAAUGCCACAAACCCGUGAACAUUUACUGCUCUCCAAACAAAUAGGAAUUGAAAACAUUGUGGUCUACUUGAACAAAGCAGAUUUGGCUGAUCCUGAAUUAAUAGAACUUGUUGAAAUGGAAGUGAGGGACUUGCUUGCUGAAUAUGGUUUUGAUUCAGAAAACACACCAGUUGUUUCUGGAUCAGCCCUUGCAGCGUUGGAAGAUCGGGAUGUCGAAAUUGGAAGGGAUUCAAUCAAACAACUUAUGAAUGCAUUAGAUUCUCACAUCAAAAUCCCAGAAAGAAAAAUUGAUGGUCCAUUUAUCAUGCCAAUCGAUUCUUCAUUCACUGUGCCAGGCAGAGGAACAGUUGCUAUCGGAACAGUUACACAGGGAAUUCUCAAGAAGGGAGCUGAAGCCAAUUUGAUUGGUUAUGGGAAUAAGAUCACUACUGCUUUGUCAGACCUCCAAGUCUUCAGGAAAUCUGUGCCACAAUGCCAGGCUGGGGACAAUGUUGGAAUUCUGUUACGUGGUGUAAAGCCUGAAUUCGUUAGAAGGGGUAUGUUCUUAUGUGCUGCUAAUACGCUGACUCAAUGUGAUCAUUUUGAAGCUCAGUCAUAUGUACUGUUACGUUCAGAGGGAGGCAGAUCAAAACCAUUGAUGGACCGUUAUAUACAACUUAUGUAUAGCAAUACAUGGAGCAUAGACUGCUGUGUAAAUAUGCCUGAAAACGUUAGCAUGGUAAUGCCAGGGGAUGCUCCUGUCUUGAAAAUAAUGUUGCGAAAACCAAUGGUUAUUCAACCUGGACAGAGAUUUACAAUAAGAGAGAAUCAGAUUACCACAAUAACUGGCAUAGUAACAAAACAGUUACCACCCAGCAAAGAACAAAUUGUUGGGUUUAAUUAUGAGCGACCAAGGUCUCAUGUCAUAGAAAAAUAUUCUUCCAAAAAGAAUUAUCAUAUCAUGAUGUGUUCAUAUAUACUUGGCUUGUUUGCGGUUUUCGCAGUUGUGACAGCAAAUCCAUUGAAUAAUCAAAUCACGAUUCCUGCAAAAUGCUGUCCACCAGAGCUAUCACAGGGUGAUAUUCGGGUGACUCAAGGCUUCAGUAUUAGUGGUCAAGGUGCGGGCCAGUAUAUGAGUGGCCACUGGUGGUUUGAUCGUCGCAAUAAAAGAAACGCAUUUGAGGGGAUCAUCAUGAUGAAUGGACAGGAGUUACCAAAUAAGAACUUCAUACAGGACAACGUGGCAAAGAAGCAAUACAAUAUAAAUAAAGCAGCGAGAACGUGUCAGGUAGAGGCGCAGUCCUUUGCUCCCUUUGAUGGAUGUGUCCCCGAGGGUGCAACGUUUAUGGGACAAGAAACCCUGGGGAGAGAUUUCAUGGUGAAUACAUGGAGAGGACACUUGCAAGGUGACACAUACAAUGUUACCAUUGAAGAGACACACACCCCCGAAUGUUUCCCUGUAACAGUGACACAAAUAGGUGAAGCAAAUGCUCAAUGGGGCAAAAUGGGUCUUACAUCGUCUAUGCGUUUUUCCAGCUUUCGAGAAGGGAUAAGAGAUAUGAGUGUAUUUGACAUUCCUGACUAUUGUCAAAAAUAACUUGAUUUACAAAUUGACACGGCAAAAUAAAUGUCACAGUCAUGUUUAAACUAGUGGUACUGUCUCCAAAGGUAUUGUCUCUUGUUGAGUCCGAUAAUUAUAGAGUUUACUCCUCAUUUUGCAACUUAAUAACUAAUAACAAGUUAUCUGAAUUUCUUGAAAAUGUGCUGUGGAUAAGAGGAAGGAAGUAACCCAAAUUGGAAAAUUCUCAUUGGGAUUAUGAGGAAGAUAUCCGAAUCUAUCAAUACUUGUACGUUUGAUUACAAUAAAUAAGAUUGACACAUAUUAGAGAAAAUAUAUGUACAUGAAAACAA